AUGCUCUCCAAGGCGGCUCUUGCAGUCGCGAGCGCCAUCCUGGCCGUUCAGUCCGCGACGUUGCCGGCGCAGGGAGGCAAAUUCAUCGUCGGCGGAGCGCCCGCCAGCGAGGGCGAGUUCCCUUAUAUCGUGGCCAUUUUGCUCAACGGCCGCGAGUACUGCGGCGGCUCCCUGGUCAACGGGAACACCGUCAUCACUGCCGCCCACUGUACCCGAGCGACCGUUGCGGGAUAUCAAAUCCGUGCGGGAUCACUAGCGUGGGCGUCCGGCGGCAAGGUAUCCAACGUGUCAUCUGCCCAAGUUCACCCUGCUUGGAGCUCCCGCACUGCGAACAACGACAUUGCCGUCUGGAAGCUGUCGUCGUCGCUGGCGGAGAGCCCGACGAUUCGCUACGCCAAGUUGCCUGAGCAGGGCCUCGACCCCGUGGCCGGGUCCAAUGCCACCGUAGCUGGCUGGGGGUCCCUGCAGGAAGCCCAAGCAUCGUCUGCGCUGCUGCAAAAGGUUACGGUUCCGAUUGUGGCCCGGACUACGUGCCAGAGCGCCUACGCCAACUCAACUGUCCCGGCAAACGUCACGGAUAACAUGUUCUGCGCCGGCCUGAAGCAGGGCGGAAAGGACUCCUGCCAGGGAGACAGCGGCGGCCCCAUCGUCGAUGCCGCCUCCGGAACCCUCAUCGGACUCGUUUCGUGGGGCCAGGGCUGCGCAGAGCCCGACAAGUACGGCGUUUAUACUAGACUGGGAAAUUUCGUUGACUUUGUCAAGAAGAACAUGUAG